AUGACUACCCGCCUACCCACGGAAUAUGACCAUGAGCUACCACCUAGUACCGAGUCGAGUUCGACCUUCCACAUCUACGAGAAGCACGCAUGUCAUAAGAGCAUCACACCGAUUGUCGACCCUAUCUUGGAACGACGUUCCGGCCCAACGAUCAAAGAACAGAAGGCUACACGCAAGGAGAAGAAAGAGCGUCGAGACGCUGGACUACCUAGUGUAAAACCUGACGAUAAUGCGUUCUUCCUUCACCGACCAUACCUCGCCUUCCACGUACCGCCUCGCGUACUUUACACUGGCAGCAGUAAUUACACCGCGCAGCCAGCUAUCUUGAUACACGAAGGCUGUUUCUGGAAAGAGUAUAUACUGCAACUCCUCCCAUCCACCCCCGGCAUACUCGACCCACGCGGUGUGGUCCCAUGGCGCCACAACGCUGGCGACAAGAACGCCCUCAAGCACGAUCACCACAAGCUCAAAGGGUACAAAGUGCGGACGUGGAGGUUGUGGGGUGAGACGGGCAAGGAAUACGUUCGCUCCGUGAAAAACAUCCGUAAGACUGGCGGAGGAAAAGAUCCCGAUGUUAUUGCCAGGACGAAUGGCAAGUUAGAAGAACCUGCGACAGCCGACGAGGUGGUGUAUCUAAGGUGGAAGAGCCCUCUUUCUCGUAACACGAGAUGCUAUCAUUUCCAGUAUGUCGGUAUUGACUUUUUCUGGAAAGGAACAGGUACUAUCAAGGAAUCUCGUACGUGUGGUGUCUUGUUGCGGUUCAACCAUCUGAAGCUAGUCGCCAGGCUACCAGUCACUGAAAAGAAGAAAGAGGAGCGAGAUGAGGUGUGUUUGGGGGUAUACACGUCGUCUGUUGCGAGUAGAAAGAGUGGUACUUUGGAGUUCUUCGAUACUGUUAUCUUGCGUCUCAUCAAUGAAAACGCGCCCGAGAUGCUACUUCGAAGUGAGGAAGGGGCGGAAGAAGAAGAGGCGGAAAGGCCUCUGAGGCGAUACGGGCAGACGGCAACACAGCGCAAAGAUGAGGAUGACGGGAAACAGGAGCAUGAAGAAGCAGGAAACAAUGGCCAUGGAUCAGGCGCGGGGGCCGAAAAGGAGGAAGGCGCAUUCACUCGACGCAUGCGGGAAAUGAGUGAAGACGCGCUGGAGUCGGGAAGACAUGGCGCCGUCAAAGCUGUGGAAGAGGCAGGCUUCAGUGCAGACCUCAAGGCACAGCUCGAACAGCGAAUCGCAUCUGCAAACCUCAAAUCGUCCGAAGCAGAAUUGCCCGCCUUCGCCUCCCGCCACACACGCGAGCUUGCCACAACAGAAGCCUGGACCGGCACCGAGUCCAUCCACGAUGCGAGCCUACGCAUGCUGAACGAUGCCCAUAAGCCGCUGCGACUCGGGCGACCAGCCAAGAUGCCAGGCGUUCCUAUACCCCAGUCCAUCGAUACCGGACAUGCUCGGAGCAAGGAGGGGCGCGGCGUGAGAUUGGCCAACGCACGCGACAGGAGCACCGUCUACGCUUCCAUCAAUGAAGACGAGAGUAUAGAGGCUUUCGACCGAGAGAAGCGGUUGCAGGACCUCAAAGACCGCUUCGAACCAGGUGCGCGUACCAUCGUCCCUGGCUCCAUCCAAGGCAUCGCAUCUCUUGCGAAUAAGAGAAUCGAAGACGCCAUCGCUCGUGGCCAGUUCAAGAACAUCCCGCGCGGAAAGAAGGCCAACAUCGAAAGAGACUACAACGCAUCGAGCCCUUUCAUCGACACGACCGAAUACUUCAUGAAUAAGAUUAUACAAAAGCAGGAGAUUGUACCGCCGUGGAUCGAAAAGCAGCAGGAGCUCACGUCGGCUGCGAGCAAGUUCAGAACUCGACUACGGGCGGACUGGAAGAGGCAUGCUGCUCGCGUGAUAGCCAGCAAGGGCGGAUCGCUACUGGACCAGAUCAAGACAGCUGAGGCAUUCGCAAAGGCAGAGCUGAUUGCAAACCCUCUGAGAAGGAAACAACAAGAGACCCUCACCACUGUUGACGAUGACGGGCACAUGUCACAGAUCACUUUGUCAGGCGGGCUGAAGGUAGACUCAGAAGGUGAAGGAUCGAAUGCGGAGCCAGUAGUCACGGAAGAAGUUGUAGCAAAAAAGGUUACAUUUGAUGCUUCCCCAGAAGCUGUAGCGCAGGACCCAGCAGCAGCUACCGUAACAGAAACAACCACGGAAACCAUGGAAGUACCUGUCCAAGCUCCCGAACCAACAGUCGCACCAGCGCCGUACCCUUUCCGCGAUCCAGAUUGGGAACGUAUCGAAGGCGGCUACUGGAAAGUCGCCAUCAAGGACCUCAACGACAAGGCGCGCAGCUACAACCUCCUCGCACCCGAGCUAGCAAAAAGACCCUACUACAAUCUGCAGCGCGAGCUGAACUCCUGCUUCGCCGACGUCGCGCCCCAGCUCGCCGGGGCCAUCCUCGAACGCGCACGCAAACCGCCCAAGAAAGCAGAUAGUUGGCAGAGCUCCGGCCAGAAGAGCGUGCUAGACAACAUCAUUGGAGGGCCAGUUCGCGUCCGAGAUGAGCGCCGCGAGAAGCAGUAUGGGUUCCGCCAGUUUUGGAAAGACCUCUGGGCCGACAAGUCCAGCAACCCUUAUUGA